AUGCGCGCAGGUAUAGAAAGGUAUAUACAAAAUUGCAAACUUUGCCAAAUAAAUAAACCGUUACGCAAGAUUAACCGGUCUCCUAUGCAAAUCACAACCACUUCUACUCGCCCAUUUGAGAAAAUAAGCCUAGUAGACAUAGUAGGCCCCUUACCCGAAGCGGGUUUUUCCAAACUCCGAUUUAUACUCACUCUCCAAGAUGAUCUAACCAAAUUCUCUACAGCCUAUCCAAUUUCCAACGUCACCGCAGAAGAAACAUGCGAAGCUCUAGUUCACUUCAUUUCACAAUUUGGGAUCCCUAAAUCCAUAAUUACCGAUCAAGCAACAAAUUUUACGGCUGACCUUUUCAAACGUACAUGUGAAUUUUUAAAAAUAAGACAGAUAUCGUCCUCUCCGUAUCAUCCAGACUCAAGAACCGCCAUCGCAUUUUGUUCUAUUAUUCUUGCAACCGGCAAUGGUCAAUAUAUUGAACGCAUCGACAAAAGCCCUGGUAUAUUCUUCGACCCUGUUGGUACAUUGAGGAUAAUUAAUUUUCAAUUUCACAUCGUUAUUCCGGUUAACGUACAUCCAAUCCAACACCAUUUGGAAAACAUUCAUGAAGUAUUUAAAAUAAUCCGAUUUCAGUGUCGUGAGAGUACCGACAUAGAUUGUACCGACAUCUUAAGAGAUUUUAAUGCGAUUUCCUAUAUUAUCUUAAACGGUAUGUCCAAGAGAUCUGCCUGGUUCUCAGGUAUUGGCACGGUAUUUAAACACAUUUUCGGCACACUGGAUGAAGAUGACGCUGAAAACUACAACAAAGCCAUUCAUGCUCUAUUUAAUAACGAAAAUAAACUAGCAGAGUCUAUCAAAAAGCAUAUCUUAGUUUCCAAAUCCGCUAUUUCUAAUGUUAAUAAAUCCCUGGAGGAAUUAAAUGACAAUCAAAUAAAGUUAAAUAGCGUCAUUGAAGUCUUAUCUUCUACUGUUAAAAAUGCAUCUGAAAUGCUAAAUAUACUCAGUUUUCAAACGAAACUAUCCAAUAUUUUAAAUACCUUGCUAUCUAAUUUACUUACAAUGUCCUUCAAAAUCGAAGAUUUAUUAAACUCAAUUUUAUUUGCAAAAACCAACACCUUACAUCCAUCUAUACUAAGCCCAACUCAAAUGUAUAAUGUGAUAAUUAGUAACCUAAGAAUUAUGCCAAAAUACAAAGAUUUUCCAAUAUCUCUAGAAUUAAGCAACAUUCAUAGUUUAAUUAACAUUGCCGAUUUAGUGUGUUAUUAUUUAGACCAUAAGCUUAUUUUUAUCAUAAAACUACCUUUAGUUAUUAACCUUACGUCUUCUAUAAAUGUAAAAACUUUGAAUUUAGAAAAUUUAAAAUCUUACCACACUGAUUCCGAUCAGAUUAUCAAACGACUAGACACCCUAGAAAGUCCGAAUUUGUAUAAUGUUAGUUUCUCUAUAAUAAGUCUUAUAUCUGUAACACUUUGCAUAUCUAUUAUAACCUAUAUAAUUUGUAAGAGAGGAAAGUCUUUCGGAGAGCAUUUUAAUUUUAACAAAGAAAAUACAGAAAAUCAUCAUCACGCUGAUCAACCACAGCUACGCAUAGAGUAG